CUGUAUUAUAUGUGUUGUUCAGGUGAUGGCUCACUUAGCACGGCCUCAUUGCAUAACUUCACAAUCAUCAUCAUUAAAUUUCAUCUGUCAUUUAACUGCCAUAAUGUCUUCUCUCCCGACACUGGCAUCUUUAGACAACUCCCCAAAGGUCUGCAGUCUCUGGUUAUCUCCUAUACUAUGUCUGCAGUCUCUGGUCAUCUCCUGUACUAUGCCCACAGUCUCUGGUCAUCUCCUAUACUAUGUCCGCAGUCUCUGGUCAUCUCCUGUACUGUGUCCGCAGUCUCUGGUCAUCUCCUGUACUAUGUCCGCAGUCACUGGUUAUCUCCUGUACUAUGUCCGCAGUCUCUGAUCAUCUCCUGUACUGUGUCCGCAGUCUCUGGUCAUCUCCUGUACUGUGUCCGCAGUCUCUGGUCAUCUCCUGUACUAUGUCCGCAGUCUCUGAUCAUCUCCUGUACUAUGUCCGCAGUCUCUGGUCAUCUUCUGUACUAUAUCUGCAGUCUCUGGUCAUUUCCUGUACUAUGUCUGCAGUCCAUUGGUUCAGAAUAUAUUUUUUCUUGUUUUCCUCCUCUAAAAUCUAGGUGUGUCUUAUGGUUAGGUGCAUCUUAUGGAGCGAAAAAUAUACGGUAAUUUGCAGGGUUUUUUUUCCUUUUUUUCUGGAUGCGGUUUAAGUAAAUAUCUUGU